AAUAACUGCUUCCACGGGACUUUGUUGAAGACGGGAUUGGAAUGCUACUUUUAUCAGCAGACACCAGGACAUGUGUGAUUGUGUGGAUGCGCUCCGUUAUCCGCUGCACUUGUUGCUCUGAGGAGAACAGGCUGAAUCUAACAGACUGAAGAGACAUAGGCUAUACCGCUACCACUAACGUAAAACCGAGUUAUUCGGCGUGUUUUCAUUUCGCAGGUAGGCGUUUCGUUUAGGGGAUCAACUCUGUGGUGGAUUAUACGCCUAUAUUAAAACAGUUCAUUACUUUAUUUAUUAGCCGUUAUUUUCGAAUAUUCAAGCGUGUCUGUCUGUCUUUCGCAGAUCUGCUUCUUUUAAACUCGCGCUCAAGAUGCCGGUGUUGAUGAGUCCUGAAAUAGCGAAUAAAUUCAAAGAGAAAUGGAUGAUGCUUCAUCCGGAGGAUCAGGACAAUGUCAGCGGCUCUGUGCACUUUGACGACAGUCUCACUAGUCUGCACUGGCUGCAGAACUUCUCCAUCCUCAGUGCCAACCCCGAGAGGACUCCCAACUCCGGCUGCCACCCGCAACACCUAUUUUACUACAAAAACCAGCUGGGGGGUUCUGACUCGCCCUCCAGUCCACCUGCUGGAGAUACCGCCGCCACAGGGAUGCCACAGACACCUGGGAAUCACACAACGUCCUGCAGCAGUUUGGCCAAUCCAUACGCGCUCCAGCAAGCCGGACACUACAUAACGGCGCAAACAAACCCAGCUGAGGAGAUAGACUAUAAAACAAACCGACACGUGAAGCCACCCUAUUCAUAUGCCACUCUGAUUUGCAUGGCAAUGCAAGCCAGUAACAAGACCAAAAUCACCUUGUCAGCCAUAUACAGCUGGAUCACCGAGAAUUUCUGCUACUACAGAUACGCGGAGCCGAGCUGGCAGAACUCAAUCCGCCACAACUUGUCCCUGAACAAGUGCUUCAUGAAAGUGCCCAGGCAGAAAGACGAGCCAGGAAAAGGAGGCUUUUGGCAAAUCGACCCUCAGUACGCUGACAUGUUUGUGAAUGGCGUUUUCAAGCGACGGCGAAUGCCUGCCACAAACUUCAAUACCCAGAGACAAAGCAAAAUGCUUUCCUCCCCGAGCUCCUCGUACACCUCCCAGUGCAACCAACAAAUAGGCAUGGGCCACUUCCAAGGAAACAAACGCAAGCAAGUUUUCCCCAAACGUGGAAACAAGCUAGCCCAUAUCUCCAAGAGCCCCCUGUUAACCACUGACAUCAAAACCUCAGACGUCCUGAGAGGAGACUUUGACCUGGCGUCGGUUUUCGAUGACGUCCUAAGUGGGAACGACAGCACGUUUGAGGAUUUGGAUAUCAACACAGCGCUGAGCUCGCUGGGAUGCGAAAUGGAGCCGUCUUCCCAAAUCCACAACGAGUCUGGUUAUAGCAAUGAGGACGAGCAGGCUUGUGCUUACCUCGAGGCCAACGGCAUCAUGGGAUGCAACAUGGAGGACUUCCACCAGCAGCACCACCACCAGCAAGCACAGGUUCACCCGCAAUAUUACGAGGGAAUGUUCUCGGAUCAGCAGAAUCAACAACAUCCUUGGGAGAUUAAAGAGGAAGCCCAGCCUGUCCCUCUUUCGUUGGAUCACGGCUAUGCAUUUUGUGAGGGAUUCUUCUCAGAGAUGCAACUUUGGGAAAGAGGAGAGUCGUAUAUGUGAACGCGGGACAUAUACGCACGCUUUGUCUUUGCUGGUCUGAAGACCCGUUGACUCUUGUUUUGCUACAUUAGCAUAAUGAAUUACAGAAGUGACGUGUAAUUAUUAUUCUUUGUACUUCUUUUUGCAUUUUUUA